AUGAGGAUCAUCAAUAAAAUACUUAUAUACGUUUAUAUUCAGAGUGAACUCUGUGGCAGCGGACGCAGUCUUGGCUGUCGUUCGAUGUCUCAAAGAUUACGGUCUCGACACGGAAUGUCUGUUGGAAGAAACAUGGUUCUUCAUCAGAUGAGAUUGUUGGAUCCAGAGGGUGUUGAAGCCAGACGCAGACAUAGACUCAUUAGAAGAAAAUAUCGCAACAAAGGUCCAAACUCUUUAGCUCACAUGGAUGGAUAUGACAAGAUAAAGCGCUAUGGGCUGGCAAUACAUGGUGCCACAGAUGGGAACUCCCGGAGAGUUUUAUGGUUAAAAGUGAAUAGAACAAAUAAUGACCCUAAGGUGGUGGCAUCAUAUUUCCUUGAGGUUGUAACAGAAGCAAAAGGAGCACAAAGAUGCAUCAGAAUGGAUGCAGGCAGCGAGAAUGGUGUUGUAGCUAACAUGCAGAAGUCCUUCCGGUGGUUCCACGGGGAUGAGAUGGCAGGGGCGAAAAGUGUACUAAUUGGGAGUUCACCUUCAAACCAGAGGAUAGAGUGUUGGUGGAGGAGACUUCAUGCGAUGUGCAUUGCAGCAUGGCAAGAUAUUCUUGGUGACUUGGAAAGCAGAGGGAUAUUUUCUGCCGCAAAUAACCUUCACAUAGAAUGUGUAAGAUUUUGCUUCACACAAAUAAUACAACAUGAGCUGGAUCUGUGCCGACAAGAAUGGAACGAUCAUCAAAUCAGACGUCAGAAUGGGGAUGAAGUCCAUGGCAAGCCAGAAAUCCUCUAAUACCAUCCAGACUU